AUGUCAACUGUGGACAAUCAGCCGCUCGUUGCUGACGAGAGUGAGAAUGUCUUUAAUGACCACGACUCUGGACACGAUGAGAUGGCAGUGAGUUCCAUGAUUAGUGAUUUACAACAUGCUCUGUUCCUUCGAACCUUUGAUGACAGACUCGGCUUUGCCCCGCCGUGCAGCCCUGAAGCCAAUGUCAAGCAUGUUCUAGAUGUAGGCACUGGCACUGGAAUCUGGGUCAUGGACUACGCAGACGACCAUCCCGGUGCUGAGGUUUCUGACAAUAUCAGUGUCCCCCCAAACGUCCGAUUCAUUAUUGACGACAUUGAAGAGGAAUGGCAAUACUCUUCGCGGUUUGAUUAUAUCCACAGUCGAAUGAUGAACUCUAGUGUCGCGGACUGGGAGAGUUAUGCUGCCAAAAUAUAUGAGAACCUGGAACCAGGUGGCUAUGUAGAGCUACAGGAGAUCGAUGUGUUUACUAAAUCAGACGACAACACGUUGAAGCCGCAGCACAAUCUAUGGCAAUGGGCUCAGCUUAUAUACGAUGCAUCUGUUAAACUGGGAAGACCAUAUUUCGACCCAGGCAACAUAAAGGACGUUCUUACUAAGGCUGGCUUUGAAGACGUAACGGAAGCAAAGUUCAAGUGGCCAACGAAUCGAUGGCCAAAAGACAAGAAGCAUAAAGAAUUAGGCGUAUGGAACAACGAGAAUGCUAAUUUCUUUCUUGAGGCGGUGGCAAUAGCUCCGCUUACGCGGGCUUUGGGAUGGUCGAGGGAAGAGGUCACUGUUUUCAUUGCUCAAGCCAGAAAAGAACUCAAUGAUCCCCGGAUUCAUGCAUACUGGCCAAUUAUUUCGGUAUAUGGACGCAAGCCGGCGAAAUAG